ACUUUAAUUGAGUUUAAAACCAAAAAAGCAAUAAUGUCGUCAAAAUUAGUUUUCUUUUUCGUGGCUUUCUUUGCAAUUGCUGCAUUUGCAAAUGCUGAGGACGAGGAGUUGUACAAAGCAUUAGUGAACGUGCAGACUGCCCUAGAACAACAUGGUUCCAAACUUGACAAAUCGACAAUUAGUGUUAUUUGUGGAGGCGUGAAUAUGGUUUGUAAAAUGUUUUGCCCCGCUAGUUACAAUAGUGAUGAUAUUCAUAGCUUGGAAUAUUAUCUCAGUCUUGCUCACAACAUAAUAAAUGAAAUGAAGAAUAAUGGACUUAACAUAGAUGAUCACGCACUUAACGUACUCAAUGGGUUCCAAAACGUUGUUAACGAAUAUUACUUAAGUCUAAGCAAGUUCGAUUGGUGUAAAAUUUGUGACGUUACUAAUCAACUUUGUAGUGCAAUUACUAAAGAAUGAAUUUAGCCAGUAGUUAAAUAUAUACAGUAAGUUAUAAUUGAAGUAAAAAGUACUGUUUUUUUUGUUACAAAAGUUAAACUUGUUAUAUAUGCACAAAUAAUGUAUUCCCGAAUAAAUACAAUAAAUAAACAUAU